AUUCUAAAACCACGACUGACUUCACCCCCGGUUGUUGUGCUUGUGGCUCGACUGUCACUCGACUCUGUUGUUGUCCUCUGUUGGCCUUCUUGUUUCGGGUGCAUAAAGCCCAGCACUAUGUCAAGCGAAGACGAUGAAGAAUCAUCCAGCAAGGGGGAAACGGAUCCUCUCGAAACUGGCGGUGGAUGUGACAACGGAGAGCCCCCACAGACAAUGCCAUUUCAGCCGUUUGGUGGCCUGUGUAGCCUCAUUUCAUCUCAUCUGUCCUACCUUUGGUUUGCCUAUCCCGUUGCUUGUCGAUUCGUUUCAUAUGUAGUUUCCUUGGUUGUUAUGACUUUUCUGUUGGACAACAUGAUCAAUCCCACACUGAGAUUUGGUGACAUGCCAACCGACUGGGCUGCUCAGAGAGAUAUGUUGACAUUCUACCGCUAUCACGCAGAAGUUCAACAUUGGUGCUUAGGAUGUGGUAAACCCUUUUGUUCCUGCGGAGACCCACUGCUACCAGCUUCUCGUGUCGAGUCGCCCAAUUGGACCAAAGCCUUUCAAGAAAACAAGCUGCAAAUUUCCGAAUACGUGGAAAAUCAUCUUAAUGUGAGUGAUUUGGAUGUUGCCUUCAUUGGAGAAUCCGCCGUUGAAGCAAUGGGUGGACGAUGGAUGGGACUCCCAAAAGACGAAUUGAAGACUAUUGGCAACAUCUUUGAGCAUCGCUUCAGCAAAGAUAAGGGGGCUUCUGUGGAAGGCAUUACUUUGGGCCUGGCGGGUGAUUCUACCAAGAAUGUACUCUACCGAUUGAUUCAUGGCGAGAUGCCUCGUGGUUUUGAACCCAAAAUUUGGUGGGUCCACGUUGGCAUGAAUGAUCUGGCCAGGGAACAGUGUUCAGAAGAAUUAGUCGUCUUGGGCGUCUUGAGGGUUGUUGAAGAAAUCCUCAACCGGCACCCCAAAGCUAGAGUUGUGAUCAACGCCCUUCUCCCAAUGGCCGCUCUGCCCAGCGCACAGAAUGAGAUGGACUGCCGGGAUGCUACACAUAGGCACAAUCCAACCAUGGACAAAAUGAAACACAAGCAAAAGAAGUUCAAGUUCUUCCGUUUUGUGGAGCGAGAAAUGCCACUGUGGACUUCCAUCUAUGCCACUAACAAACAGCUGUUCAAAUACAGUGAACUGCAUGACCGCGUGGCAUUCUUCGAUGCCACCCAUAUCUUUGCUGAGCGUCAAUCAGACAGUCGCGGAAGGUACUUCACCCUCCUCAGUGAUUACAUAGACACCUGUGGCCAUCCUACCGAAGCUGGCUACUCCAGAUGGGAAGAUGCCAUGGUCCAUAGGAUCCAGUAUCUCCUAAGUGAACUGAGGGAGGGGAAUCCAGAGCUAUUCGUUGCCGCUCCAAAGAUGCCCGAAGAGAAGACGGGCGCUAAAGAAGCCCCAGAGAAGCCAAUGAUGGGAGCCAACGAUGGACAGGAAGCUGAUCCGCCUGUACCUGAGGCUCCCAAAGAUGAAGUUUCUGUUCAAGGCGAAACUCCACAAUGACUUGCCAUUCCUUUGGGCACCUGAACUUCGCCUGAACUUCGAUGUAUGCGG